AACAAUGUUAUUACAUUUUGUGUAAUUAUUUUAUGUGAAUAUUAUCGUGUGAUGAUAAAUUCAAUACCGGUGAAUGAAUGCUAUGGUAAAUAUAUGCUGUACAUAAAUACAUACAACUUUUGUGUUCUCUGUAUACAGUAAAUGUGGUGUUGUGGUUGAUGUGAUAAGGUCAAGAACAUAUUUUACAAUUGGAGUUUCAUCAAUAAAUAAUUAUUUGUUUUGGAAUUGUUAGUUACGUACAUUGUCAGGAAGUCAAAGCUAUGAAUUUGUCUGAUGGUUUCCUAUCAUUAAACAUUCCAAAGCACCAGCAUGAUAGUUAUAACCUGCAGCUCAUUUAAUACUGGAAAUAUGUUUUUAAAUACGAAAACAGGAAGCAGUUGGGGCUUUCCUGGAGGUGUUUCAUAACAUUUUUGACAUGCCUUACAGCAAGUUUGGCAAGUGUUGUUCUUUUCUUCUGCUGCCCGUUUUCUAAUACUGUGUCCUGGUUUGACAACUCAUAAUGAAACAAAUUCACUGUAGCGCAGUUAGAUUCAGGUGUCUGUCGGUGUGACUAAAAUGUGAGAGUAGAGUGGGACAUAAGGCAAAAUUGAGUAGAAAAAGCUUGAAAAGCCUUAAUUGCAGCUUGGAUUUCUGCUUGGGGUAUGUAAAGAAGUAAAGAAGGCCUUACUUUUCUUAAAUAUUUUUUUUUUCUUUAUUUUUACAUCCUAAAGAGGCUGUUCAAGACACAGGAACUCAUUAGAAUUUGCGGGAACUCUGCUUAAGACAAAAUACUGAAUUAAAAUCUGACACUCCAUCUCGAGUGUUAUCUGUCGAGAACAAAUUCUUCUGAAAUGGCUACAACAACUGAUCCUCUAACAGGGGAUGUAAACACAGAGAAAGAUCAACGUAGACGAUCCAGUGCUGAAUUAGACCGUCCAGAGAUGUCUGGAAUAAAUCAGGUGAGGAUUAUGCUGAUGGGUCGGACUGCAGAAGGACAGAGGUCUGCUGGAAACAUCAUUUUGGGGAGACAGGCUUUCCCUGUUUUAGAAACACAGAAGAGUGAGAAGCAUUGUGGUUCAGUGGCUGGGAGGAAGCUGGCAGUGAUCACCACAGCAGAUCUGUUUAACUCGAAUUUCUCUGAAGAGGAGCACUCACAAAGGGUUUGGAGCUGUUUGAGCCUGUCUGACCCAGGACCCCAUGUGUUCUUGUGGGUACAGCAGGAGAGGAACAUCACACAGGAGGACCGAAACGCUCUGAGGAGGUUCAAGAAGUCUUUUGGUGAAGGAGCUUCAAGGUUCUCAAUGGUGCUGUUCAUGCAUGAAGACCACAGGGAAUAUGUCAGUGUUGGUGAUUCAGCUAAACCCGGUGAUGAUGCUCUGCUGGACUUUAUUCAAGUCUGUGGGGGCAGGUACCACUUCCAUAGCCAACGAAACCAUACACAAGUAACUGAGCUUCUGGAGAAGAUCCAAGAGAUUGUGGAUGAAAAUGGAUGCAGUUACUUCGCCGGGGAGAUCUUUAACUGGCCAGAUAUUGCUUGGAAAGGACUGGAGAGCAAAAAGAAAGAGGUGGCUUCCAGAGAUGAACUGGGUGUUACAGGGGAUGUGAAAACAGAGAAGGAUCCAAGCCCUGACUUUGAGCGUCAAAACAGUACCUUGUGGGCAGAACGUAGACACAGACUUCACUCACAAAGUUUCAAUUGCAAAUGGGACCACAGAGAUCGUGUGAGGAUAGUGCUGGUGGGGAGGACUGGUGUAGGGAAGAGUGCCACAGGAAACACCAUACUGGGGAGAGAGGCAUUUGUUUCCAAAGUUCAAAGUAACUCUGUGACAAAGAAAUGCCAGAAAGAGACAGGAAGAGUCGCAGGAAGAGGGGUAGCUGUGAUUGACACUCCAGGCCUGUUUGACACCACCCUGUCUACUGAGGACGUCCAGGAAGAGAUCAUGAAAUGCAUGGCAUUGGCAUGUCCUGGACCUCAUGUGAUCCUCUUGGUGCUCUCUUUGGGACGCUUCACACAAGAGGAGAGAGAGACACUCAGAUUUAUCAAAAUGAUCUUUGGUGACAAAGCUGAAAAGUACACAAUGGUCUUGUUCAACAGAGGUGAUGACCUUGGUGAUCAAUCCAUUGAAGAUUACAUUGCAGAAGGUCAUCCUGAGGUCAAGAAGCUGAUUGGGGGCAGUGGAGGCAGGUACCAUGUCUUCAAUAACAGAGAAAAGAGGGAGAGACGGCAAGUCAUUGACCUGUUUAAAAAGAUAGAAAAGAUGAACUGGGAUAAUAAAGGAAGCUGCUGCACACGUGAGAUGUUCCUGGAGGCAGAAAUGGCAAUGAUACGAAUACAGAUGUGGAAAGAGAAAGAGGAGGAGGUGAAGAGAGACCUGGAAAUGUGGCAGGCCAAGUACAAAUUAGAAAUUGAAGAUCUACAAAGGGAAAAACAGGAGAGUGAGAAAAAUCUGGAAGAACUACAGAGGAAGAAGGAUAACCUCAAACAACACGAAGAUCAGGAGAGGACAGAAAGAGGAGGGCAACACGAAAGACGAGUAGACCAAGAUAAAGAGCUGGGGGAAUUACUGGGGCACUGGGCCCUUCUAGAGAGGAAAACAGGAAAUGAGGAAGGGAGAGAAGGGGCCAGUGGAACAUGGAGGCCAGAGCAACAGGGUGGAGAGAGUCGGGAGGAUGGAGAGGAGGAAAAAAAACACAAACAAGAGGGAAAAAAGAAACAAGAUGAAGAAGGGAAUGAGAAACUGAUGGGAAUUAUGUCGAGGAAAGAGAGAAAAGGGAAUAAAUUAGACUUUAAAAUGCCAUUUAAAAGGCUGGAGAAAGAGAAAUUCCAAAAGACAAAAGAAAAGAAAAAAAGAGAAGAAAAUGAUGGAGACGAAAACAAAAAGAGGAAGAAGAAUAUUUUGGAUAAAAAAGCUGAAAAAUCAAUCAACGAGAAAGAAACUGAUGCUGAGAGUCAAGGGGGGCAAGACAGGCCUCUUAUGGAGCAACGUGAUUCAGAGAAAAGACAAGGAGAGGAGGAGGAACAAGAGGGUGAAGAUUCUGCCGGAGAAAAUGUAGCAGUGAGAUUGACAGAAGCAGAGUACAAAAGACUCAUAAAUGAAAUUAAGAAAAAUCAGGAACUUGCAAAGCAGCAAGCAGAAGAGUUUAAAUCCUUCAUGAUGAAAUAUUCACAUCAUUUUGAAGCCUUGCAAAGAAAAGAGGGAGGCAGAUGUGUGAUACAGUGAGCUGAUAAGAGUUCACAUCCUUCUCACAUCCUGCUGAUGCACAGCACAUGCAUUGCCUCAUCUGAGGAAUGUGUCUUAGUGAAUGUGGUGAUGGCACGAUUUCACUUCUAAUGUUUCAUAUUGUAUUUCAGAUACGUAAAUCGGAUUAAUCAUAAAAAUAGUUUUUUGCGUUAUCCUCUGUUUUCCUUAAAUUAAGUGCUUAACAGUACAUAAAACUUCAAGUGAGAUCCAGUUUUAAUGAACUUCUUUCCUUUGAUCUUUUAAGUUGCAUUCUGCUCCAUUUGCCUCCACAAAAUUUGACAGGGCAUGGAUGGGACCCACAGUCCAUUAAGCACUGUUCUAGAGCAUGGAUGGGCCCCAUGGUCUGGUAACUGUUAAGCACUGUUCUAGUGAAUGGAUGGUACCUGGGAUCUGGUAGCUGUUAAGCACUGUUCUAGUGAAUGGAUGGGACCUGGCGUCUGGUAUCUGUCAAGGCACUAUUCAAGAGCCAAGUCUGUAAUGUCAGCACUAUAUUAAAAAGCAUACAUUUAAUAUACAAUGCAAGAUGUGAUGUCUACACUACAGCUAAUGUCAUGUGUUUAACAUGGAAAGCGAAUUGUGUUAAUUUAUGAAAACUUGAACCAGGAUGAUUUCUGAAGCCAUUCACUAAUACCUCUAUACCAGGAUGGUCCCACAGGGAUGUGACAUUUAUGUUUAGUGCUUAAGAAUGUCUUAAACAUGUCCUGUACCUUGAAGUAGUUAUAGUCCCAAUAUAGGGUUUAAU